AUGGAGACAGGAGCCAGUCCUCCAGAUAAUGAUAAGAAAACUGGGACUGAGGACAGUGGUGAUUGGAAUGAGACCAGAGAACCUCUGUCUGGUGAAGAGUUUGUCAGUGAUUCUAGAUGUAGAACAAGUGAGAAACCUUUGAUCUGUUCUGAAUGUAAGAAAACAUUUGGUUGCAUUCAGAAGCUGAGGAAACACAUGAUGACCCACACAUCAGAGAAACCUUUCAGCUGCUCACAGUGUGGUAAAUGUUUCACCCAAAGGGUAAGUAUAAAUGUACACAUGAGAUGUCACACAGGGGAGAAACCUUUCAGCUGCUCAGAUUGUGGUAAAUGUUUCACUACAAAUGGAGAUCUAAAGAGACACAUGAGAUGUCACACAGGAGAGAAACCUUUCAGCUGCUCAGAUUGUGGUAAAGGUUUCACUACAAAUGGAGAUCUAAAGAGACACAUGAGAUGUCACACAGGGGAAAAACCUUUCAGUUGCUCAGAGUGUGGUAAAUGUUUCCCCGUAAGUCGACGUCUUAAGACACACAUGAUAAUUCACACAGGGGAGAAACCUUUCAGCUGCUCACAGUGUGGUAAAUGUUUCACCCAAAAGAGAAAUCUAAAAAUACACGAGAGAUGUCACACAGGGGAGAAACCUUUCAGCUGCUCACAGUGUGGUAAAUGUUUCACCCAAAGGGGAAGUCUAAAUGUACACAUGCGGGGUCACACAGGAGAGAAACCUUUCAGCUGCUCACAGUGUGGUAAAUGUUUCACCCAAAAGAGAAAUCUAAAAAUACACGAGAGAUGUCACACAGGGGAGAAACCUUUCAGCUGCUCUCACUGUGGUAAAUGUUUCACUAAAAGUGAUAGUCUAAAGAGACACAUGAGAUUGCACACAGGGGAGAAACCUUUCAGCUGCUCACAGUGUGGUAAAUGUUUCACCCAAAGUAAUCAUCUAAAGAUACACAUGAGAUUGCACACAGGGGAGAAACCUUUCAGCUGCUCAGAUUGUGGUAAAUGUUUCGCUAGAAGAAGAGAUGUGAAGAGACACAUGAGAUGUCAUACGCUGUGUAAAUCUAAAAGUCCACAUGAAAACUCAGAUGAGAAUCCCCUUUAACAUCUUUCCCUAAUUUACAUUACCGUUUCCCACGUGAGUUUUGAAUAUCCGUCGCAAAGCUAUAAUGACACAUAUUUGAAGCUACUCUUCAUGUUCACAAUUACAACCAACUAUCUUAGAAUUCUUCACAGGGAUUUAUUGGGACGACACUCUUGUUUGGUUUUUCCUAUGCUCCCGAGAGUUUUGGGUCAAGGGAUCUCACGUGUGAUAUAAAAAUGAAAUUAAUUGAAAUAUCUUGUGACAGAUGGUUAGAAGUUCAGACAAUUAACAGAGAUAAGCUACGCCCCUUCCAGGCGCACAUAAAGUGGGACAUGAAUGAAACGAAACAACUAGUUGUGUGAGUAAACAGUGGCGAAAAUCCCUUUGGCAUUUUACGUGUGAACGUAGCAUAACGCUCUCCACCAAAGCAUUGAAGGCAUCAAAAUUUAAGCGGAUGCCGUCAUCUCACUGACUUGCAACUCUAAAUCUUACUUAAAAGCCAGCUGUCUCUUUCUGUUCCAUGAAGUGUUAGUGUUGUUUUUGCAGGUUUACAUAGAGAUAAUGAAUAAAUGUCCAUGUGAUGAUCACUGAAUCAGGUUUUUGCUUUUUUUAUUUUAUUUAGUCAUUAAAUGAAAAUCCAACCUAUAAUUAUAUCAAUUAGUUAAUAUAAAAUAGUGUUGAUAUUUGAACGGGCGCCUGGGCAUAUUUGUUCAUUUGGGCCCUGAGGUCAUAAAGGUUAAGAACCCCUUAUCUAAGGCAUGUUUCCCACUGUUAACAUUGUAACAUUACCCAACCUUAUAUUGUCCUGUCCAAUGUUGAAAUACAAGUUUGACUGGUUUUUAUGUUCCAAUUGUGUUACUGCAAGCUGUCAUAUUAUCAAUGUAUUAAUGCUAGGGCCGGGACUCGAUUAAAAAUAUUAGGCUUUGUAAUUAAUUAAUAGAAAUUAUUCGCAUUUUAAUUGCAUAAAUAUUUGACCUGAGAACAGUGAGAAGUAAUUUUUUUCACAUGGAUUUUUAUUUUUGUUCGACCAAUUCCAGCAGACAAGUGUAGAAAUAGCAUAUUUAGAAAUAUAGUACUUUCAGAAAUUCAGGUAGCUUAUAGGUAAGUAGACCUUCUGUAAACUAUGUUUUUUUUAAGUAGACAAAUACUUUCAAGUACAUUCAGAACAUUGGUUAUUUUUUCAGACGUGGACUUAGUUACCCUGGUCCUUAAACCAGUCAUCUGGUGCAGUGUGGGUUGGGUGUGGGUCCUUGUACUCGGGUCGGGCUAACGUCCACGCUAGCUGCUAAUUGUUUUGCGUUGAGGUGAUACUUGAGGCUCGAUGUGAAUUCCUUGUUGCACAGCUUGCACACAAUCAUGCUCUUAUCGACGCUUCCAUCCGUGUGUUUAUUAUAAUAAAAUGUCCCAUUCACGGGGCCACCCGACACGGUCUCGUCAGCUUCUUCGUUCAUGUUCACUGUGGCUGAAGUCAUGAACACUAGUUGGUGCUCCAGUAUAAUUGGUCCUCCGAAACUCAUCCAGUGAGAAACGUUCCGCGGUGCAAAAAAUAAGUGUAAAAUGCGUAAAAAAUGUUUAAUGUGUUAUUUUUUGUGUAAUUAAUUAAUCUUGAUUCACAUUGUAAUAAUUAAUCGUAAUUAACGUGCUAAAGUCCCAGCCCUAAUUAAUGCAUACAUUUCCGUGAACUAAAUUCUGUUUUGCAUUUUUAAUGUGCAGAAAAAUACCAGAAGGCUCUUUAAUGUUUUUCAUGCAUUGAGUUCUUACUCUUGUUUAUAUUGUUUUAACGUUUUUUUAGGAAACUUUUUUUAGUCUUUAGUUUUCCUAGUCAAUCCUCAUAUUGAGCUGCUUACAUGUUUAUAUAUCGAACUAAUACAUCUUUGUGUGUUGAGAAACAAAAAGUAGAAAACAUUGCUGAGCAAACACAGGUGCAAAAAAGUUAUGAAGGCAAUGAAUGGAUUUUAUUUUGACUUU